AUGGGUUUCAAAUUGUUAACGUCUACGCCAUACUAUGCUCAGGCUAAUGGUCAGGUCGAAGCAGCUAAUAAGGUGAUUAUUGGUUUGAUUAAGAAGCAUCUGGGGAAGAAGCCUAGAAAUUGGCACAAAACUCUAGUAUAUAUUUUGUGGGCAUGUCGUACCUAUCCCAAGGAAGCCACUAAUUCGACCCCUUUUCGACUGACCUUUGGUCAUGAUGCAGUUUUACUAGUAGAAAUAUUUCUACAAUCCACAAGAAUUCAGAGGCAUCAUGAAAUUCCAUCAGAAUCAUAUUGGAACAUGAUGCUGGAUGAACUAGUCGAUCUAGAUGAAGAGAGACUAAAUGCCUUGGAAUGA